UAGAUGAUUAUUACUUAGCUCUGCGUGGACUACAACUGGAGCAACGUAGCUAGUGAAUAGACACGGAUCUUAGAAGCCGAACCCGAAAAUGGACCAGAGCUGCGGCAUCAGUUUGUUCCGACCGAAGUGGCUAAGGAAAUUCGCCACGGUGAAGAGCUUCAUGGCCGUCUACGGUCUAUUGGGGACCAUCCAGGCGAUGGCAUUUGUCUACCUAGUCGUCACCCUCACCACCAUGGAAAAGCGGUUCAAGAUACCCAGCAAAACGACAGGUAUUAUACUGACUGGAAACGAGAUUAGCCAAAUACUGUUAUCUCUGAUACUAUCGUAUCACGGAGCGCAUCGGAACCGUCCUCGAUGGAUUGCCUGGGGGGUGGCCUUUUCCGCUCUAUCUUGUUUCAUAGUGGCAUUACCCCACCUGAUCUACGGUCCAGGAGCUGACGCCCUAUCGCUCACAGCACAAUCGAAAAACGAUAACUUCAAACAAACCACCUUAAACACCUCAAGAAGCUUCGAGGAUCAAAUCUGCCGUUCCGAAGAAAAAAGUGUCGACUGCAACGUGCAAGAUCGCAGCGGUGAUUUCUCAAUCAUCCCUCUAGUUCUCGUCUUUUUCUCUCAAUUCAUAUUAGGUAUCGGGAAUACACUAUACUUUUCUCUCGGCCAGACCUACCUGGACGACAAUACCAGCAAGACGGAAACGCCAAUACUCCUUGGAUGGACUUUAGCGUUAAGAACCUUGGGACCAGCAGUGGGUUUUGUGCUAGCCUAUAUAUGUCUAAACGUCUAUAUCGAUCCAACCAAAGUGCCACUAAUUGACAAAAAAGAUCCACGAUGGUUGGGCGCUUGGUGGCUUGGUUGGAUUCUCCUGGGUUCUAUUAUGUUUGUAUUUUCGUUCCUCGUUGCGAUGUUUCCACAAUACUUACCUGCCGCCGAAACCAAACACUUGUAUCCGGAGGAGCAGAACGGAUUUCUGGCCGAAGCGACGACACCGGAGAUACCGAAGCUUAAGGAUUUUCCGGUCGCGCUCAAGCGGCUACUGAAGAAUAAAUUGUUGAUGUACAACAACUUAUCCGCCGUGUUUUACAUCCUCGGCGCCAGCGGCUACAUCACCUACAUCAGCAAGUACCUCGAAGUGCAGUUUCAGGAAUCUGCUACUUACACAGUUAUCACUGGUCCCAGUAUGCUAGUUGGAAUGGUGGCGGGUUUCUUGAUUUCCGGCUAUCUGAUCACCAAGUACAGGCCUGGCCCAGUCUACUUGCUCGGUUGGAACGUCGUCGUGGGCAUUGUCUUUAUAAUCGGCCAAUUGAUCUUCAUUCAAUUGGAUUGCCCCAUAACGGAAGUUCAUUCGUUCUCGAAUAAUCCGAAGAUUUUCGAGCUGAAUGCAGUUUGCAACGCAAAUUGCUCCUGCAACAACAUCAAAUAUUCACCAGUCUGCGACUCGGUAGGACAAACCACGUACUUCUCACCUUGCCACGCCGGCUGUGGAAACGUUUCUGAGAACAAACUGUUCACAGGUUGUGCUUGCGCGGGGCCUGAUAAACUCCUUAAGGACGGUCCUUGCCUGACCGAUUGUUACUACUACUUUCUGAUGUUCGUCUUGAUCUCUUUUGUGAUCAACUUCAUGGGUAGCUCAGGUCGCAUAGGAAAUCUUCUUGUAAAUUACAGGAGCGUCCACAUAAAGGACAAAUCUUUCGCUCAAGGACUCGCGCUGUGGAUGAUCAGUCUUUUCGCUCUAAUACCAGGUCCCAUCAUUUAUGGCAUCAUUAUCGACUCCAGCUGUACUAUCUGGAACGACUAUUGUGGGAAGCGCGGCAAUUGCUACACGUACGACCGCAGGAAGAUGCGAGUUUACUUGAAUUCAACUGCAAUAAUAUUAACUGCGCUUGGCGUUGCCACCGAUGCGGUGGUCUGGUACUUGGGUCGUAACCUGGAUUUAUACGACAACAAACAGAUCACAACGAAGCGGAAACAAGAAAACAACUAGAUCAUACUUUCUUUGAGAUUAUUUGAUGUUUAAGUAAAUAGGAUUAGAUGUAUGAACUAAGAUAAUUACCAUGAUCAAACAUUCCCUAGACAUUUUAUAUACAAUAAAAAUAACUGAUACGUUUAAAAUGUCUAGGUAAAACAGUAUCCACAUAAUUAAAAACAUGUUGUCUAUAAAGUACGCAUCAUAGACUGGUACAUAGAUACCAAAAUAGCUAUAAUUAUAGUAGUUGUAAGUAGAGGACACUAGUAGUCCUUGGUAAAAAUCGAUCCGCUUAGUGGCCUAAGCGGAUGUAACUCUUCACCAAUAGAUGU